ACGAUUAGGUGCGGUAGCGUUUGAAUCUUAUCUCAUUCGGUAUCGCGCGAUCGUCCCCCUUCCACUGGUCUGUAMUGUCUGUAGUCCAAACUAACCGUUGUUUGCUGUUCGAGUCGUAUCUCGUAUCACUUUUUCUAUGAUCGUGACGAUCGUGUGACUGUGGUGUGGUCAAUUUGUUUGGUCUUAACGCCCGGCACUCGUGAAUAAUAUUGCGACACUACUUGCCCGUGGCUCGUUAGUCCGUAGCAGUUUUGUGUUACACUUUAUUGUUGCGACAGUGUUAUUCGAGUUUCUCCUCUCCACCCGCCGAAAAAAUUGGCAAUAUUACAUAUUGGAAAUUAUUUACUGUCAAUCAAACGUUUUGCACGGAACAAACCACCUGUUCAGUGUCCUACCGCACCGACGACCGCCGUUUUAUUUCGUUUUCCUCCCGUUUUUGCACGAGUCUGUCGUGAUUGUUAGGCCGGAUUACAUAUGAACGACAAUCGUGGUGAAAUGGCUCCCGUAGACGUGACACUCGACGAGAAGUACUCUGGCCGUUUUCAGCUGAUCAGUCAUUUGAAACUCGAGGGUAUCUCAUCGGUGUACAAGUAUAAAUGCCUGCGUACUGGCAUCAACAUCGUGUUUGGCGAAGUAGAAGGCCCGCUGGUCCAAGGAUACUUCACUCUGGCUACUGAAGCGCAUGAUGAUGAUGGCAUUCCACAUACACUAGAACACUUAAUAUUUCUAGGAUCUGAAGAUUAUCCUUUUAAAGGAGUUCUUGAUUUAUUGGCUAAUCGUUGCCUUGCAUCUGGCACAAAUGCUUGGACAGAUGUUGAUCAUACUUGCUAUACAAUUAGUACAGCUGGUAGCGAAGGUUUCUUAUCACUUCUUCCAGUCUACCUUGACCAUAUAUUAUAUCCUACAUUAAAAGAUUGUGCAUUUAUUACUGAAGUCCACCAUAUAACUUAUGAAGCAGAGGAUGCUGGUGUUGUGUACUGUGAAAUGCAAGGCAGGGAAAAUACUGGAGAAAGUAUUGUAUUAAGAACUAUGUUGAAAAACUUGUAUCCUGGUAAAUGUGGUUAUAAAUCUGAGACUGGAGGUAUUAUGAAAAACUUGAGAGAUUCAACAACAAAUAAAAAGAUUCGUCAGUAUCAUCAUGCAUUUUAUCGCCCUGAAAACUUAUUACUUCAUAUAAGUGGAAAGAUAAAUCAUUCUUCUGUGUUUGAUGUUUUAGAAUUGUUCAUUCAAAAAGUUUUGUCUAAGGGUAAUAGAGGAGAUUAUGUCAGACCUUGGCAAAAUCCGGUAGAUCCGUUAACUCUAUCUUCAAAUAAUUCGGUUUUUUUCCCUUCUGAUGAAGAAACCAAUGGCAUGAUAAGUAUUGGGUUUAGAGGCUCAAAUUGUUUAAAUGAUGACAUUGCGUGUCUAUUAUUGUUGAAAUACUUAACGGAUACUCCAAUCAGUCCUUUACCUAAAGAAAUGGUUGAAAUUGCAGAUCCCUUCUGUACUGAUGUGUCAUUUGCUAUAGCUUCUCAUAAAGAACCUUAUAUAAUCAUUAAUUUUGAAAAUGUUCCUAUUGAAAAAAUGGAUGCUGAUAUUAUACCCUCAAAGGUAGAUGAAGUAUUUAAUAGACUUUCAGUCGAUGAUGGUUAUCUUGAAUUGCAACGACUAAGAACAUUUGUUGAAAGAUAUAAACUUCAUUUAUUGAGCUACUUAGAUAAUUAUCCACAUGGACAAUUGUCUUCAAUAAUUAUACAAGAUUUUUUGCAUGGAAAAACUUGUGCUGAUUUGGAGCAGAAAUUGAAUAAAAUGGCCAUACUAAAAGAACUAUCCUGUAAAGAUAUAAUAUUUUGGAAAGGGAUAUUGGAAAAGUAUUUCAUCAAUUGUAAAAGAGUAAUUKUUAGAGGAAUUCCUUCUAUAAAAAAGCAAGAGGAGCUUGCUAACGAAGAAAAAGAAAGAGUACAAGAACGUCGUAAAACUCUAGGAGAAGAAGGUUURAAAAUAAAGGCAGUUGAAUUAUUAAAUGCCAAAGUUGAAUGUGAGAUAAAACCACCCAAAGAACUUUUAACAUCACUUAAUAUACCUAAUAUUGAUUGCAUACAGUUCUAUUCAUAUCAAACAUUUGCGACAAAUUCUAUUGAUCAACAYGAUUUGUUUAAAAUCAAUAAUGCACCCAUAUACAUGGAAUUAGACGAUGUUAAAAGUAACUUUGUCUAUGUUCACACUUUUAUUGAUACCAAAGAUUUACCUAAAAAUCUUCAAAUGUAUUUACCAGUUGUGGUUGAUUUAUUAUUGAAAAGUUCAGUCAAUAAUGAUGGUGUCAGAAUUCAUUUUACUGAAAUUAUUGCUGAAUUGGAAAAAGAUGUAAUGUAUUGGAAUUCAGAAAUAGGAACGUCAUCAUCGUCUCACUUCUUAUGUGGAACUUUUUCUUCUAUUAUUUCUAUAUUCUUUCAAUUAGAACCGAAGAAAUUCCAUUUGGGCAUCAAGUGGCUGCAUAAUUUUUUGUUCAAUACAGAAUUAACAAGAGAAAAAUUUUCUAUAAAUUUAACAAAAUUAAUAAAUGAAAUUUCAAGUUUUCGAAGAGAUGGUAAUCAUAUGUUAAAGGAUUUAAUGCGUAAUAUAAUAUACACAAAUAAAAGCAACCACUAUGCAUGCAGUACAUUGAGACAACAUAAAUUCUUAUCACAUUUACAAAACAAAAUAGAAUCUGAUGAAGGGUGGUCAUCUAUUAAUGAUGAUUUGAAUGAUGUGAAAACAUUUUUAACAAAUCCAGAUAGUAUAAAAAUGCAUGUAUCUGCAAAUUUAGAUGUAUUGUGUGAAAUUCAGCCUGAUAUAUCUUCAAUAAUGGAACAGCUAAUUCCAACUGACCUUAAACGUUCAAAAAAACAAUUUGAAACAAUUUUUGAUUAUGAAUAUCUUAUACCUAAUGAUCAAUGUGUUAUACGAUCUUGUGCUGUUGGAAUGGGUGCUAUUGAGUCCAGUUAUUUCACCCAAAUAACUGAUUGUAUCAAUGACUUUAAUCAUCCAGAUAUGGCUGCUUUAUUAGUAUUUGUACAAUAUUUUACACAAUUAGAAGGACCAAUGUGGAAAAAUAUUCGUGGUCUAGGUCAUGCAUAUUCAUACAGCAUUACUCCAAGACCUAAUGAAGGAUUACUAUUGCUACACUUUUAUCGUUCAGUAAACAUACCUGCGGCAUAUAAAGAAACUAAAAAUAUAAUAGAAUCUCAUUUGAUUGAUGGCGCMGUUUGGGACACCACACUUUUUGAAUCUGCUAAAUGUUCUGUUAUCUAUGAAAUCGCUGAAACAGAAAAGUCAAUAGGUGACUUAGUACAACAAUCUGUAUUGUUUCAUUUUAGAAGUUUGGCGCCCGAUUAUAAUCGAACUCUUAUAAAGAAUAUAUCUGAUGUAACACUCGAGGAACUGCCACAAAUUGGAAAUAAAUAUGUGAUGCCAUUAUUUGAUCCAAAACGUUUAAGAUCAGCAGUGGUUUGCCCGCCAUCUAAAUUGGAUGAUGUAGCUAAUGAAUUUAAAAAAAUGGAUAUUGACAUGACCAUAUACAAAUCAUUGGACGACAGUUUUCUCAAUGAUACUGCUUAAAAAUUAAAUCUUUUAAUUACUUAAAUACUUUUUAUAUUUAUUCUAAUUUUUUUUUUUUUUAAUAGCGAUUUUUAACCAACUCAUAAUUAAUCCUUUCUAUAUUUGUGCCACUGUAUUUAAUAAGUUUAUAUUAUUAU